UCCUGAGGCUCCUGGACUGAUGAGCACCGAAGAGGAGACCCCGGACUCUGCAGAGCAGAGGCUGGAGGCUGUCAUAGAGAAGCUUUCACUCCGUGUGCUGGGUUCUCCGGAGCAGAGGUGUCUCACUGUCAGCGGAGACUCUCACAACCCCCAGCCAGCCCGCCUGCCCGCCAGGAUCCGCGAGAUCGUGACCAGGAACCUGAGCGCCCUGCCACCGCUGCCCGGUCCCCCCGAAGACAUGUCGUCCCUCCUGUCCCUCCAAGAGGAGAACCGCGUCCUCCAGCAGGAGCUCUCGCGGGUGGAGGACCUCCUGGCCCAGAGCCGCGCCGAGAGGGACGAGCUGGCCAUCAAGUACAACGCCAUCAGCGAGCGGCUGGAGCAGACGCUGCGCCUGGAGACGGGCGAGCGCGAGAGGGACUCCCUGGAGAGCCGGAGCCUGGGCCAGCAGAAUGUGGAGCUGCGCCGGCGGCUGGAGGAAGAGCAGACCGCGUACAAACGCAAGCUGCAGGCCUAUCAGGAGGGGCAGCAACGGCAGGCGCAGCUAGUCCAGAAACUGCAGGCCAAGGUUCUGCAGUAUAAGAAGAAGUGCGGGGAGGUGGAACAGCAGCUUCUAGAAAGGUCAACGGAACUGGAACAAGAACGUCUAAGCAGCCGUUUAGAGCUGUCAGAGACGCGGUUACGUCAGGAGGAAGAGACCGGCACCGACCUGGAGAACGCGCUGAUCCGCCUGGAGGAAGAGCAGCAGAGGAGCUCCAGUCUCAGCCAGGUCAAUGCGAUGCUGAGAGAGCAGCUGGAUCAGGCCAACGCGGCCAACCAGGCCCUGAGCGAGGACCUGCGCAGACUCACAGCCGACUGGACUAAGGCCCGGGACGAGCUGGAGCAGCGGGAGAGCGAGUGGCGCCGGGAGGAAGAGUCGUUCAACGCGUAUUUCAGUAACGAGCACAGCCGGCUGCUCUCGCUCUGGAGACAGGUGGUCGGUUUCCGCAGACACUUCUCCGAGAUGAAAACCAUGACGGAGAGAGAUUUGUUACAGCUGCAGAAGGAGAUGUCCCAGUCCUGCCGCUCGCUGCACGCCUCCUGUCUGAAUGUCAGCGGAUCCCAGCGCGUGGCUGAGAGUAGUGGGAUUGCGGCGGUGGAGAGGCAGGCCCUUCGGUUGGAGCAGCUAGAGGAGCAGCUGAGGGACAAGGUGCGGCAGAUGAUGCAGCUGCAGGCCACGUUUGAUGGGGAGAAAGCAGAACUGAGCGGCAGGAUAGCAGAACUUAGCGGGACCGUCGAUCGUCUUCACAAUGAGAACAGCCAGAGGGAGCAGAGCAUGGAGAGGCUGCAGGAGCAGGAGAAGAGCCGAGCGGAGGAGCAACUCGUUCACAUGGGAGAGGAGCUGGAGGCUCUGAGGUCGGAGAAAGAAGUCCUCCAGGAAGCCCUAAGAGAACUCACUCAGGCCGUGCUCAGUGACUCAGACAGCGGUCUGCAGAUGUCCGCCAGCGACAGGACUUCUGACUUUAUAGAGAGUGAGGGUCCGGGGCUCAGCCUACGUGGUCUGUCCAGCAGCCUGCGCGCCUCCUCCCCGCUGAGACGCUCCUCGCCGCAUCGCAGCAGCUCUCCAAGGCGCAGCCUUUCCCCGGCGCUCAGAGACUCGACCGUGUCCGCUGUGCACUCGGCCUUACAAAGGAGACAGCUGCAGGUCCAGGAGCUGAGGGGCCGCCUGGAGGCCGGUCAGGAGACAGUCGGAUCCCUGCGGAAGCAGCUGAGCGCCAACGAGAACGAGCGCAGGAGUCUGGAAGAGAAGAUCCUACAAAUCCAACACGAGCUGGACGUGUGCCGCCUGGCCAGAGAGGACGCCGAACACAGUAUAGCCAGACUGCGGAGCAACGCGGAGCAACAAACCGGGGACAGGGAUGCUCUGCAGGGGACGGUGCAGAACCUGCAAGAGCAGCUGGAGACGCAGCGCCAGGAGUACGAGAAGCUGCAGCUGGCAAACGGCGACCUGCAGCGGCAGAGAGAUAUCCUGCAGGAGGAGAAAGAGGAUGCCUUCCAGGACCGCGACCGGGCCCAGCGGGAGGUGGAGAGAGGACACAAGGCUCAGGAGCAGCUGGAGGGGAAGCUGUCGGCCAUGAGGAAGGAACUGGUGCUUGUGAAGGAAUCUCUGCAUCGAUCCAGCCUGGAGAAGGAGGUGUGCGAGGCAGAGAGAGAGGACAUCUCCCAGGCGCUGUCUAAGGCCGAGACCGGCCGUGCUGAGCUGGAGCUGGCGCUUAACAGACAGAGGACCGAGGAGGCUUCGCUGCGGGAUGCUCUGUCCAAAAUGAGCGCUCUCAAUGAGAGUUUGGCCCAAGACAAGAUUGAACUCAACCGCAUUAUAGCUCAGCUGGAGGAGGAGCGCUCCUCUCUGCAGGGGCAGAAGCAUGAAGUGGAGCAGGAGAAGGCAUCCAUUCGGGACGAGCUGGUCCGCCUGGAGCAGGAGAAGCUGGAGCUGGACACGGAACGCUUUGGGUUGGAUAACUCCCUGCAGGUCAUGGAGCAGAGCCGCGAGAAACUCCUGCAGGAGCUGCAGACGCUGCGCAGGGAACGGGGGCAGUUACAGGAGCAGCUGGGGCAGAUGUCGCGGCAGAAGAACUCGCUGAGCGAGGAUCUGGUGCAGAGUCGGAAGGAAGUGGAGCAGCAGAGCGAGAGCCUCCUCCGAGCCUUCAAGGAGAAAGAGGGCCUGAUGAAGGACAAGGGCAGCCUAGCGGUGCAGCUGACGGCUUCCGAGCGAGAGAACAGGGCGCAGGCCGAGGAAAUCGCUGCUCUCAGGUCGGAGAAGGAGGCGUUGGAGGGCGCGCUGUUUGAUGUCCAGCAGCAGGUCGCCCGCAUCUCGUCCCGCAAGGAGCAGGUGGAAGCCGGGAACCAAAGCCUGCGCUCGGCCAAGGAGGCUCUGCAAGCGGAGGCCAACGCUCUGCGCCAGCGCAUGGAGGCUGCGAUCAGCAAGUUGGAAAGAGACAAGGAGACGCUGAGCCAGCAGCUGAGCCACAUGGAGAAGGAGGCCGAGGUCACCCUGAGGAACGAGCAGAAAGCCCACGAGGAGGACGUGGAGCGGCUGCACAGGGAGAAGGAGACCCUUCGCCAGGAGCUGGAGUCUGAGAAGGAGGAUCUGGUUCGCCGCUUAACGCAGGAGCGAGAGGAGCUGGCGGCGCAGCACGAGAUGGAGCGGGAUGAGAUGAGCGAGGAGAUCGCCGCCCUGCAACAGGAGAGAGACGACAUCCUCCUGCACGGCGAGAGCGAGAAACAGCAGGCGCUGUCACUGAAGGAGUCGGAAAAAGCUUCGCUGAGUGAGAAAUUAAGCAGCACUCAGCUCAGUCUGGCCGCCGUCGGCCUGGAGAUGGAGCGGCAGAAACGGGAAUUCACCGUGAGACAGGAGCAGGAUCGGACCACAAUCAUCUCCCUGAACUCGGAUCUGAGGAACCUUCGAGUGCAGCUGGAAGAGUCCGCGGCGUCUCACGAGAGAGAGCUGAGGGGUCUUCAGGAACACAGCAGGGAGCUGGGGAAGCAGAGAGAGUCAGCGCUGCGAGAGGUGGAGGAACUGAAGACUCAGCUGUGUGUCGUGGAAGACGCCAGGGACGCCGUGCGCCGGGAGCUGAUCGAGGCUCACAGGCGAAUCCGAGAGAGUCAGGAAGCGGCGGAGUUUCAUAAGAAGGAGAGCGCGGACCUGCGGAGGUCGCUCGCGGACGAAGCCAGAGAAAAGGAGGCCGUGCAGAAAUCCAACGAGGAGCUGCGCGGAGCCGUGCGCCGAGCGGAGAGCGAACGCAUCGGUCUUAAACGCUCUAAUGAAGAAAAGGAGCAGCGUCUCUCUGUGCUGGAGGAGGCGCGUGCAGCCAUGGAGAAGGAUGCUGCUGACCUGCGAGGGACUCUACGGGAGGUGGAAAAGUCGCGACUGGAAGCCAGAAGAGAACUGCAGGACCUGCGCAGACAGUUGAAGGUCCUGGAUGAUGAAAGCGUGAAGCGCGGCCGGGAUAUGGCCGAGGCGCAGGCGCGUCUGUCUACGUACGAGCAGCGCGAGGAGGAAAGUCGAAGAGACGUCUUCACACUCAAACAGAAGCUCGCGGAGACCGAAGCCGGCAGAGAUACCGCCAGGAAAGAGCUCGCCGGUCUGCAGCGCAAACUCUCAGACGUCGAGGGUGACUUCGUGAUGCGUGAGAAGGAGCUUCAGAGCAGUCUGGAGGAGGCCCGGGGCAACGAGAAGAAACUGCUGGACAAUACCCGGAACCUGGAGAUAAAACUGAUGGCGUCUCAAGAGGAGAGGGCAGAGCUGAGCCUGCGUCUGAGUGCCAGCGAGGGCCGAGUCCAGGGGCUGGAGGCCGAGCUCGCCAGACUGGAGGCUCUGAAACGGGAGCUGGAGUUUAGAUUGGGAAGCGUACACUCUGCCCUUCGGCGGACACUCGGAAUAGGGCGCUCAGGCCGCACACCAAGCCCGGCCACCAGGGGCCGCAGUGGGUCUCCAAAGAGGCAUUUCUCACCCCACAAAGCUUUUGACAGUACAUACGCAACAACUACGGACGGCCGCGGGAGCCCCAUCCCCCGCACAGGGAGUCCGGAGCGCAGUAAAAGCCCGGAGCGCACCGUCUCCCCCAGCCGCGGAGAGCAGUUAUUGGCUGAUAUUGACCCCGAGGUGGUCAGAAGCUCUUUGCGAGAUUUCCUUCAGGAGCUGAGGGAUACUCAACGAGACAGGGACGAUCUCCGCACACAGCUGGGAACCGCGAGCCGGCAGCUGGUGGAGAUUGAGGCAGAGAGAGACGGAGCCGCUACCCGAGUGCAGCAGCUACAGAAAGCCCUGUCUGACUGCGAGGAGGCAAAGCGCCACUCAGACGGGAAGGUGAGCAGCACCCAGACGACGCUCCUGCUGCAGGAGGAGACCCUGCGCCGCUACGACAGAGAGUGCAAGAUGGCUUUAGAGAAAGCGGCCAGCCUGGAGCGCAGUCUUCAGGCGGCUGAGAGCGCCCACAGAGCAGCGCAGGACAAACUCAACAAGAUGAAAGCGAACGAGGCCAAACACGAGAGUGAAAAGAGGAGACUGAAAGAGGUUCUGGAUGCGUCUGAGAACCGCAACACAAAACUGGAAGUGUCAAGGCGAGGGCUGGAGGGAGAGCUGCAGAGGAUGAAGCUGGUGCUGACCGACAGGGAGGCCGAGAUGCGAGACAUGCAGCAGCGCAUGGAGGGGCUGCAGCGACAGCUUUCAGACAGCGAGAGCAAAGUGAACACGCUGCAGAUCUGCGUGGAUCGUCUGAACACAACGCUGGUGAAGGUGCAGGAGAACGAGGCUUCCCUCAAGGAGAAGGUGCAGAGUUUGUCCGGCGCUCUGUCCGAGUCCAGCUCCGGUUCCGCCAGCUCCCAGGAGAAGAUAAAUCAGCUGCAAAGGAUGCUGACGGCCAUCGAGCACGAGAGGCGCGUCCUGCAGGAGCGGCUGGAAGCUGCCCGACUGGCUGUAUCGGAGGGGAAGAAGCAGAACGCUGGUCUGAUGGAGCAGGUUCAGGAGCUUCGUGACAUGCUGGCAGAGACAGAGAACCAACGCGUUGACCUAGAAGAUCAGGUCCAGCAGCUGCGUGAGAUCCUCCGGCAACGGCAGGAGAACGAGGGUGCGUCCCUGCGCAGCCUGCAGAAGCUGCAGGAGGAGAGAGAGGUCCUCCAGGACCGUCUGGUGGGGCUUCAACGGGCCGUGGCCCAGCUGGAGGCAGAGAAAAGAGAGAUGGAGCGGUCAUCUCUGCGCCUGGAGAAGGAUAAGAACGCGCUGAAGAAGACUCUGGACAAGGUGGAGCGCGAGAAGCUGAAAACCGCGGAGGACACGUUCCGUCUGUCUGCGGAGAAGGGGCGUCUGGAUCGCUCGCUGAACACGGUGGAGCAGGAGCUGUCCGAUGCCCAGAGGCAGGUGCAGCUUCUGGAGGUGCAGAUCGCGGACAUGGAGCAGACCCACUCACAGACCCUCAUGGAGACCGCAGCCCGGCACCGCCAGGAGCUGCAGCUGGAGAUCGAGAGGCUGCGCAAUGCCCAGAUUCAGGCGGAGCGGACUCUGGACGCAAGAGAGAGAGCUCACCGCCAGCGGAUCAAAGGGCUGGAGGAACAGAUUUCUGUCCUGAAGGAUCAGUUACAGCAGGAGCUGCGCCGCUGCCAGAACGUUUACCCCCAGCCCGCGCUUCUCUCAGGGAAAUAACGCGCCGCUCGGGGUAGAGGAGCCGCCUGGCACCCCCUUGGUGCUUCCCCUGCGUGGGGUUUACUUAUAAAUCCACUCUUUAUCACUUUUUUGCGGCACCGAAGCAGCGGCUCCCCCCCCCGGCAUCACCCUG